AUGCUUCCAUUGGGGUACAUUGCUUUGUAAUAUUUAGUUUUUAGUGAUUUAAAUGCUUAGAAUUUGAGAAACUGCAAAGGUGAAAUGCAUAGGAAUCGAAGUGCAAGGAAUUUAUGGUAAAAUGAUUAGAAAAGUCCUAGAGCAAAUGUACAAUAGAAAAAGUAAUGAUUAAAUAUUGAUUAGGGAAAGAGUCAGGAAAAAGAGUACUUUCAAGUUUGAGAAUGUUUAAGAUGACAUAAUUCAAAUUCAAAUGGCUUCUGAUGAGAGUUAUGAAAUGGAUAUCAAUGAGGAGAUAGAAAUUGAUAAAAAUGCAAUGUUUAGAGGCAUGCAAACUGAGAUCAGUCCUGAUAGAAGGAAAACAUUCAGAGCCAAGCAUUGGUAAGUUUAUAAAACUCUUCAAUAAUACAUGGAUGAGGAGUUGAUUGACGAAGAGAAAGAAGAUGGUCAAGAGCAAACUCCAACUCCUUUAGUGAGACAAAAUCAAAAAUUGGCUCCUGAUGAGCUAAUAUUUUAAAAGAAUUUAUAAAUCCCAGAUAUUAUAGACGAAUUUACAAAGUUGUAUGAAUCUGAUCCUCACAAUGAUAAUUACAAUCUAUAAUUAGUGCAUGUAGAAGGUUGGGAAGAAAUUUGGUUGAACCAUAAAUUUUAUAAAGAUACGUAUAUUUUGCUAUGGUUGAGAAAGUUAAUUGUAACAUUUUUUAAUUCAAUUUCAUUAAUUUGUUAUAAAAUUACAACCAACAUAGUAUCGAACUUUAUAAUGCUAUUAUUAGUUUCAAUAAAUAUGGUGUUGUAUAUAACCAAAUUUUAUGAUGAUGUUUACAUCACAUACAAAUCAUUGUUUGAUGGUUGGUCGUUAAGUAAUAAGAUAUAAUUUGAUAUUAGUUUUCUUUUGGAUUUAUGUUGUAGAACAUGGUAUAAAGAUAGUUGGAUUAGGAUUAGUGGAGUUCUUAAAGGUAUUCUGGAAUUGCUACGAUCUUGUCAAUGUAAGAUAUUGAAAAAGUGUUUAGCUUAUUCUCUUUGGGUUGUACAUUUAUGGCAGUUUAACAUUUGACUUCUCUCCCUUAAGAGCUAUGAGAAUAUUGAUCCAAUUGGCAAAGAUUUCAUCGUAAUUAUAAAAGACAUUGAAAGCUUUGACUGAAUCAUUGAAGUAUAUGAUGGAAGCAUCCCUGGUGGUGUUGAUAUUUUGUAUAUUCUUUGCCAAUGUUGGUGUUCAUCUAUUCAGUUAAUUAUUAUUGAAUAGAUGUUUCAUAAUUGAAGAUGGGAUCCAAGAUAUCCAAUAAAAUAUAUGUGGUUGGGUGAAUUGUCCAAAUAAUAUGAAAUGUUUUAAAUCUUUGAACAAUGUUGACACAGCUACUAAUUUUGACAAUUUCUUUUUUGCUUUUGCUCAAAUCAUUCGUACGAUUACUAUGGAUAACUGGACUGAUGUUAUGUAUUAUACUAUGUACACUCUCAGUCCAAUGACAUGGGUCUACUUUGUUUUGGUCAUUUUUAUUGUAGGUAUGAAACUGCAUUAUUUUUAUAGGUUUCUUCGCAUUUAAUCUGAUUAUUGCUGUUUUGAAGACAUAUUAUUCAUAAAUAGUAUCCAAUUAUUAAGAAGAUAAGGAAGAGUUAUCAAAUAAAUAAUCUUACAUUGAACCAUUAAAUCUAAGAUUCAUCAAAAAUAUUGGAUUGUAUCAUUAGAUUAAAACGUUAUAAAAGGUGCGUAAGCGAUUUUCUCAAUCAUCACUUUCUCAAUCAAAUGUUUCAUAAAUUAAGUCUAUUGAUAAUUUAAUAUUUUCACCAAAAGGAAAUCUUUUGUUACAGAAAUCUAAAAUCAAGGCUCAAUUCACAAAUGGGUUUGGAUAAAUUAACAAAUUGUAGAAAAUGGUGAGGAGAGCCAAAACCGUUAAAGAGAAGAAAAAAUAAUUAAGGUUAAUCUUAUCUGCUAGAUAACAGAGAUUACUCUAAAAGAGAGAGAAUGAAGAAAUGGGCAUAAUUAAUAGCAAUGAGCAAAGCAUUUUUGAUAAAUGUAAUUUGAAAGCUAUUCUGUAACCACAAAGAAAUUUUAAUAUUGAAUAAUCAAAAUAUGAAUAGGCAGUGCAAGGAGAUGUUAAGGGUAAGAAAAUAUUAAUGAGUUUAAAAUACAAUGAUGUGUUGGCAUGGAAAUUGGAUUUGAAGUACUCAUAAUAUCAUUCUACAUCUAAAAGAGAUGUAAUAAGUGAACUCAAGGAGAUUUUAGAGAAAGAAAAGAAAUUGAAAGAGCAGUAUGAGAAGGUUAAAAGACAAAAUUUGAAAUAGUACUAUAUGUUAGACAUCUAUGAUAAGCAAAAGGAUAAGGUAACUUAAGAAAAAUUGAAAUCAUCAGAUAAUGGACCUUCAUCUAUUCAAAGACUCUACAGCAUUAAGCUUGAAAUUAAUACUAGAAGUAGAGAAUAAAGUACUGCUUCAAAAAUCAAAUAGAAGUUCCCAAUUAAAAUGAGCAGAAGAAUGUUUACUUCUGAAUUGGACUUGGAUAAUUCAAAAAAUGAAAUGCCAAGUAACAAAUCAACAAUGACCCGUAAGUCCUAUUUCGAUCACUUAAGAAAACAGAGAUUAUUCUUUUAGCGAUCUCAAACUAAAAUGGCAAGGGGAACUUCUGAUGGUUUUAUGGAAUUUCCAGAAUGGCAAGAGGGGCAAUCGUAUAUCACAAUAAAUGGUAUUAAGUGGAAUCAUGAGGCCUGUUCAAUUUUGAUUAAUAGAAAGAUUAAUGAUUUGGAUGAUCAACAGGAGGUGGAGGAUGACCAAAUUUUAGAUUUGGAUUGGAUGGAUCAAAAUUAUGAGCACUUUGUUAAAAUUAGAGUAAUCUAUUUUGUAUUAUUCUUAAUAGAAAAAAGAAUUAGAACAAGGAUACAUAAGGAGACAUAAUAUUUCAAUUCUGAAUAUCUUGUAAAAUGUGACCAAAAAUAAAUUGAUCGCCAUCCUCAAACAGCUCAAUAAGCAUUAAUAUAACAUUUGGAUCUAAGGAUUUUAUGGUUAUUGGAUAGUACUGUAAUUUAAAUUGCAUUAAUUAUUGGAGGAAAAGACUGUCUCAAUUAUUUUUGAUUUGUACACCAUGGUUAAUUUCUUUAUUCUUUGUUCAGAUGGCUAUUUAAGAUCUGAUUUAGUUGAAUCCAUAAAUUCAGUUAUGACAUUCUUAUUAUUGGGGGAAAUAAUUUUGAAGAUUAUAGGAUAUGGAAUUCAAGAAUUUAGUAAAAAGUCUAGUAAUAACUUGGAUGCUUUUGUUAUUGUCUUGUGUUUGAUAUAAUACUUUAUUUCAAUCACUCAACCCUUUUGGUUGGUACAAUAUAGCAGUGAAAUUAAAGUAUUAAGAGCAUCAAAAGCAUUUAUGCUCUAUAGAGUGAUUAAAUAUAACAAAUUUAUUGUAAGAAUAAUGAAGAUUGCUUAAUUGACUAUGAAGUCAUAUAUAAAUAUCACAUUUCUAAUGUUCUAUAUUAUUUUUAUGUAUGCCAUAAUGGGAUUAUAGUUUUUUGUGAAUAAGUUUGAUGAAACCUAGAGAUUAGCUUAGUUGCAUUCAUUUAAUAGCAUAGGAAAAUCAUGGAUGACGGUAUUUAAUACAAUUACAAAUGAUGAUGCAGUUGGAAUGUUAAAAGUGGCUACAUAAUACACUGAUACUUGGAUUGGAUUGUUGUUUUACAUCACAAUGGUAUUUGGACUAAACUAUUUAAUAUAUGGUUUGGUGAGUGCAGUUUUAUUGGAUGCAUUCUCAUCGGAAUUAGAAAAGGGAAAUCAAUUUGAGGAGAAGAGGGAGAGAAUACUGUAGAAGCUAGGAAUUCAAGAGAAUAUUAAUCAGAAUGAGACUCAAUUAGAUACAUUAUCAUCGUAUAAGAAUGAGAAGGAUGAAAAUGAGGAUAUUCUCAACGAUAUAAAGAUUUAAUAAUAAUAAUUUAUCAAACGAUAGACACUGAAUAGCAAGAAGAGCAUUUAUCAAUAAGUGCCUGAAACAGUGAAGCACAUAUUCAGCAAGUAGAAGUCAUUAGAAAUAUAGUAUUAUAAAGAUAUCGAAUGCGAAUAUUCUCUAUUCAUAUUCCAUUUUAAUAAUAAAUUUAGGAAGUUUUGCUAUAGAACAACUAAAUCAUUCAUUUUCAAAUUGAUUUUGAAUAGUUCAAUUUGUUCUUCUGUAGCUACGAUGAUCAUUAUAUCAUUUGAUGACAAUUUGCCUUCUUUGCAUACAAAUAACUUAAAUACAUUUUAUGAAUAUCAUUUGUUAGCUGUGAAUCUAAUCAUUGCAAUUACUUAUAUUCUGGAGAUCAUUUCUCAAGGGAUGUUAUUGGAUUAAGGAGCAUUCUGUAGAGACAUUUGGAGAUUCAUAGAUAUCUUAUAUUUGAUUAGUUAUUAUUUGUCCUUUAUGACUCUGUCUCCAUUUUUGAAAUUCUCACUUUAUCUAAGUACUUAUAAUAAUAGUAUACAUAUUUUUAGUUUAUUUACGUCCUUUGAUGAUGAUAAACAUGUUUCAAAGUAUUUCAGGUAUUAAAAAUGCCAUGAGUUUGAGCUUAGUUUAAAUUCUAAAUAUUAUAGGAGUAAUUUUGCUAGUCUUCUUGAUAUUUGAUGUAAUAGGAAUGCAUUUAUACUAAAACAAAAUGGGAUAUUGUGAAGAUCUAAUGAGUUUCCAUAUAAAUAAGGAUCAAUGCUUGCAAGAAAACAAGAAUUGGAUCAUUCACCCAUACAAUUUCGAAAAUAUUUUAAAUGGAUUAUUGACAUUAUUCUUGGUGGCAUCUUUGGAUGGAUGGGGAGAAAUCAUGCAAGUAUGCUUUAAUGCAAAUGAUUCUAUGUAUGGUCCUACUCCUCUAAAAACCUAAUGGGCUACCUACCUAUUCUUUAUUUUGUUUAUUUUCAUAGGAGCCAUGUUUUUCAUGGGGUUCCUUACAGGUGUUCUCUUCACAGAAUUUUAAAAGUAUACUAAAAAGCUUGAAAAUAAGUUUUUGACUAGUGAUCAAUCAUAAUUUCUGAAAAUCUCAGAAUUGAUUUUGGAAUAAAGUCCUGGGUACAGUAAUCCUCCUAAGACACCCCUUAGAAGAUUGUGUUACAGAAUUGUGUUUAGUCAAUUAUACCAUAAGUACUUCAUAGUUGUGUUAUGUGUCAAUACAAUUGUGUUAUGUUUAUUCUAUUCAGAUGCAUCAUAUGAAUACAUGGCAAAUCUAAAUAAGACUUAUUAAGUGUUGACAGGAGUGUUCGCUCUUGAUACGAUCAUCAAGUUGUUGGCUUAUGGUCCAACUAGAUAUUUUGGUAUAUAUAGUGUUACUAUUUAAAGCUACUAAUUGGAGAGUCAUUGAAUUGUCUCUUUCAUUCAUCGCUGUUGCUGAUUUUAUCUAUGAUAGUUAUUGGGGAUGGUUUACUACUUUCUUAAGUGCGAAUUAAUCUGACUAAUAUUUCACCUUCUAUAGGAUCUUGUUUUGUUUACGAGACAUCCGUAUAUUGCUGAUAAUUUAGGAAUUCAAGGGACUAUUGAGAUUGUUGAGAGUGCUUUGGUUUUCAAUGCCUCUGUUGUUAAAGAUCUUAUACAUUCAAGUCAUAGCAUAAACUACAUAUGCUCUAAUAGGGAAGGAAUUAUUUUCGCAUAUAACCAAUGGAUCAGUAAUUGAUGACAAAUAUGCCAAUUUUAAGAACUUUAUUAAUUCGGCAUUAUUAAUGUUCAAGUGCACAACUGGUGAUGAUUGGAGAGCUCUGCUAAUUGAUUGCUCUACUUAAAACUAUUAUUGCAAGAGUGAUCACAAUUAAUGUGGUUCAUCAUGGUCUUUGCCAUUCUUUCUUUCAUAUUAUCUGUUUUCAAAUAUCAUCAUUAUGAACCUAUUUGUGCUAGCCUUAGUGGAUUAAUUUGAAAGUAAUCAAAUAAUAAUAUGUCUUAGAUUUCUUUAAUGCUUCGACGAAUGCCAUCCAGACAUUUGUGGAGAAUGUCGAUCAUUUCUGUAAUGUAUGGUGCAAAUACACAUAUGAAACUAAAGGAACCAAAAUGCAUACUCGUUUUAUCGCACGCUUUUUGCUAGAUUUACAUGAACCUUUAGGAGCACUGGAAGGAGAUAAUGUAUGGGAUGCAGCCAAGAGUGCUUCUAAUUUCAGAAUAAGAGCAAACAAACAAGGUUAUGUGUAUUUUAAUGAAUUACUUUAUGAAACUAUUCGAUUUGCUUUUAAAGAAAGUGUAUUCAAAUCAGGAUCAUUGAUUGGUAGAUCACAAAUGAAAUAAUUUGACUUAGCCAUGAAAAGGAAAAUGAAAGAGAAUAACAUGAAAUCAGAACAAUAAUAAGAUUAGGAAUAUUUUUAGGAUGAACAUAGUUCCAAGCAUUAAAACUUCAACAUCCUUUCAGAAUAUUUAAAUGUGUUGAUUGCUCUUAAGACAUGGGAAGCUUACACUUUGAAACUCAUAGAGAAAACUAAAAAUCUAGAUGAAUACACAGAAUAAACCAGUUCGUCAGAUAAUGAUCUGAAAAUGUCAAUGAAUAUCGGAGCCUCUGUUUCAAGGGCAUCUUAAAAUAGAUUAACUUAGACUAUAGACUUGGAUGAUCUUAGAGUGCAAAGGAAUUAUGGCCAUUUGAAUAUUUACAAGGAAACUAAAUCAUAUCAAUAUUACUAACAUUGCAUCAUAUUAGAACCCAUAAGCAAAUCGUCACCCUAAGAUACUACUGUUUAAAGAUCUCCUUCAAGUUUCCUUGAAAAUUAAAGUAACUCAUCAUUAACUCUUUUAGAAUAAGCUAAUGCUAACCCAAAGAAAACGAACAUCAAAAGAUAGUCGUCAUUAUUUAAACAAAAUGUGCAAUCAUUCAAAGAUGUGCUAGAAAAAGUAUUUUGA